AAGGCAUUGACCGACUUUCUCGUGCUACUUAAGGAAAGGGUGACUGACCCCUUGCGGAGUCAAAGGCGUUGGCAACCGGUGAACCGGAGCACUGGACUGUUUAGCUGCUAGCCGACUUGACAAACAAGAUGGGAAAGGAUAAAAGCAAGCGACGGCGUCGGAGUGACUCUUCUAGUAGCAGCGACUACAGCAGCGACAGCGACCGUGAAGAAGCACGUCGCGAGAAGAAGAGCAAGAAGAAGCACAAGAAGUCAAAAGACAAGGACAAGAGCGGUUCCAAAUCCAGAUCCAAGGACGAGAGCCUUGUACAACAAGCGCGCGCCUUCCUCGAACAGCAUCUCGCAACGGGCGGCGGCGGCGCAGCAGUGGCAGGUGGCGGUGGUGGGAGUGGUGGUGGUCCUCCCUCCUCAGCUCCCUUCCAUGGCGCGGGGGCUCCUGCGGGGGCCGGUCCGCUGCCGCCGGUGCAGGUAUCAGAAGUUAAGGAGCCUCUGAGCGAGGAGGACUACUUCCGACGCCACGCCGAGUUCGCCGCCUUCCUGCAGCAGGAGCGCCGCACGGCCUUCAACGAGCUCAGCUCGGACCGCAGUCGGGAGCUGUUCUCCGAGUUCGUGCGCAUUUGGAACGAGGGGAGACUGCCGCCCAGGUACUACGCGGGCCUUGUGGCCGCUCCCACCCGCCGCACCGAGUACCGCUGGAACUUCGGA